AUUUGCAUUAUCGUAUAGAUAUACACACUCGAGCUCUGUUCUCGUGUCCACUAGCGUACGCACAGCCCUCAGACCGUCGACGAGAACAAGAUUGUCCCAUGCGUGCGAUAAAGACCGUAGCUCUUGCAACAAUGUUCUGACUUUUCUGUGGAUCGUAUUCUCUGAAGCGCGUGAUGGAGAGGCUGGAGUGCCGGGCUGACGUGGUUGGGGUAUUGGUGAAGACGUCGGUGUGGACGGGCCAUGGAAGGAAGCCAGGCGUUUGGACAUGACGCAACUUGAGUGAAGGAACUGUGGCGGACGUUCGCCGAUCAAUCGAUCUGCAUUGACUCUACCAGGGCCACUUAACAUUCAAUUUCUGGUCAUCAUGGACGACACUGUACUGUUCAGGGCAGAGUCGGAGCUCGCAAUCACAGAAGCACGCAAACAAAAGGCUAAGAGAACGAAAUCGCUUGGUUCACCCAUUCAACUAGGGAGUAAAGCAAUAGACGUCGUCGUCGAAGGAAAAACUAUAUGGAUAGCGGAAAGCACGCACGUUGCGAGGAAAAUUGACUUGGAGUCAGGCAUAAUCUUACAGACCUACAGAGGUCAUACGGCACCUGUCACCUGUCUAGCAUUUUAUCAAGAUGAUCAUGAUACGCGUGGCUUGCAGGUCCUUAUUACCGGCUCUUGGGAUAAGACGAUCAAAAUAUGGGACACUAAUUCAAAAUUACUGCUUUGUUCGAUUAGUGCCCACGAUGACUUCGUAAAAUCGCUGCUAGUAGUUUCCUCUCUUAGGCUUUUGGUCUCUAGCAGCUCCGACAAGACCGUCAGAUUCUGGGAUCUUACGGAUGUCGUCGAGCGAAAGACGAUCACUCCGGUUGGAUCAGUUUCCGCCCACAGCCGGCCGGUGGAGUGCUUAGCUGGUUCCGUCGUAUCAGAUACGGAAGCUAUGCUCUUUACCGGGGAUACAAUGGGUGUUAUCAAGGUUUGGAAGCUUGUGAAGGGGCGUGGACCUCAAUCUCGAUGCUGUAUCACUCUUUUGGACACCUUGAGUCUGCAUCGAACGAGAGUCACUCAGAUGAUAUACGGCGCUGGACAACUGUGGACCUCCUCCUCAGAUGAAACCGUUCAAAUCACGACGUACCCGCCCGACACCUCCGCAUCAAAGUCGGUACCUCCGCUAAUACAUCCGUUACCGGUUCGCGCACUCCUUCCUCUCUCAUUAACUCCCCUAGCAGAACCUUACGUAGUCACUGCCUACGGGGAUGUCAUCCGGCUAUACGAUGUCUCUACUGUGUUUGAGGCGGAGGUGGCUGGGGAAAUCGAUGCUCACUGGCACGAUGUGACAGCUGUCCGAUUGUGGCUACGGACAAGUCACAAUGCGACCGGAAGAACAACAAUUGAACCUUUCAUCGUCAGUGCAAGCCUUGACGGGACAGUUCGCAAGUGGAAACUCAGCGAACUUCUCACAUCGACGCCCAACAAUCCUGCGGAACCCAUGCAUGCUGUCGUGUUUUCCCCUGUACCCGAACCCAGGGGUGAUGGGACGGCUGAAGAGCUAACUGAAGAAGAAGAGCGUGAAUUAGCUGAGCUGAUGGAAGACUGAAGAUUCAUGAGUUGUGUGAGCCGUGUGCCAAUUCCUUAUCAUAUUGAAUCUGUUCCCGUCCUGCAUAGAAUCGAAUAUGGAUGCAUCGAUGUCUUACCUGCUGAAAUGCAGAGAAAUAAUAUCCAGGUGCCUCGCUUUUGGGUCUAAUGAUGAUUCUCAAGGCAUACUUCGGCUUAGGCCGUCUGGUAUUUCCUUAGCGCAUUGAUUGCGAUCACCCAGUACGCGCCGCAGACCACGAAGGAGGAGGACGAUUCUAGACUCAUCGUACCAUGUGCCAUACCUUUUCAGUUCACAGACCGACCUG